AUGCAGUUGUUUUCCAAGUCCACAAACGCAAUGAAAACCAUUCACUUUGUCGCUUUUUCUUUCUUCUCCACUAUCACAACAGCCACUACUUUGAGUGACUACACCUGGGGACUCUGGACCAGAGGACACAGCAAACGCGAUGCUCCCGUGCCAGACACGAGUGAAAUAUGCUUCAGACAUACUACCCAAUAUGGAGACACCUGUGCCAAAAUCGCCGAAAAGUACUCCGUCUCAGUUAGUGACAUUGAGAAGUGGAAUACUGGAUCAUGGGGCUGGACCGACUGUCCCAAUAUCAUGCCGGGGGACUUUGUCUGCGUCAGCUCCGGUGGCCUUCCAAUGCCCAAAGCUCUUCCGGAUGCCCAGUGUGGGCCACAGACGCCCGGUGCAAUGCGACCGGAAAAUUAUGCUGAUCUUGCUUCCGUCAAGCCUUGUCCCGUGGGCCAAUGUUGCGCGCGCUGGUUGAAAUGCAGUAACUCAUCGGAGGCCUGCAGUUCACAAGACGGAUGUCUUUCCGGCUGUGGGGCACACGCGAUCAAGAAUGUGGCCGAAUUGAUCAAGGCCGAGGCCAACAAAGCAAAGACCUCAACUACAAGUACCACCACCAGUACCACAGAAAGCCCACCAGAGCCCACAACUGCGACUAAAACCACCGAGUUCAAACCAUAUGGCGGCUCAACCGAGACAGCACACCCAAAGCUCACAUGGAAAGUGACCCUGUACGAGGCCGACACUUGCGAUGGCGGAAAUUACUACGACCUCAUUGGGCACAAUGACUACAUGACCAAUGGUAUGCCAUGUCUUCAAUUGAAUCAGGGCUGGACCUCUACCGAUAUGACGGAUGAGACGAAACCAUCUUGCCGCUGGUGGACGCAGGGCGGCAACAAAUGGGAAAAGUGUCUGAAUAGCCCCCUGAACACACCUAAAUCGUGGUUUCUCGAGCGGGGAUUUUGCGCAGUAUUCACUGAUGACAAUUGCCAAACGCCUGGCGGGCGUCUUUCUCAACGAGGAGGUUGCCAUCAUCCAGGUGAGACGGCAUACUCCCCUACUUAUUUUGGGUCUAUGCAGUGCUUUAGUUAUGGAUACUCGCAUAUCCAUGACUGGCAAGGACGUGAAGCUCCGGAAGAUGAAUGA